AUCCAUGAAAACAGGCUACAUGGCCAGAGGAGUCUCCUUUUUGCUGUGAGAGAAGAUUCGGGAGAGGAGCCAGAACAGAUUCUUUGGCCAGCUUCUCCUUCCUCUCUCCAACCUGGCUAAUGACAGGUCUUUUCCCAGAUGUAUUUUUACCCUCUGGACAAAUAGCAGUUGGGACGAGUGGGGCUUUUUUUUUAUGAGUUGAGGUACUCAUGGCUGGAAAAUAAACAGCCAGCUAAUGAGACGUUCUUAUGGAAACCAGCAUAAAUAAUAACAAAGCAAACAUCCUGUCCCCUGUGCCAACACCCCUGGGUGAGGGGAUAUAAAAGCUGCUGUCCAGCUGGCCACUGUCAGACCUAGGGGAAGUUCGGCCGCGUGUGUUCCUGACCUGCGACCUGACCGGCUGGGACCAUGGGGUGCUGCCCGGGAGACUGCCUCAAUUGCUGCUCCCAGGAACAAGAUUGUUGUGAGGAGUGUUGCUGUCAACAGGGCUGCUGUGGUUGCUGCGGCUCCUGCUGCGGCUCCUGCUGCGGCUCCUGCUGUGGCUGCGGAGGCUCUGGCUGCGGAUCUGGCUGCUGCGGGUCUGGCUGCGGGUCUAGCUGCUGUGGAUCUGGCUGCGGGGGCUGCGGAGGCUGCGGGGGCUGUGGAGGCAGCUGCUGUGGUUCCGGGUGCUGUGGCUCCUCCGGGUGCUGUGGUCCAGUGUGCUGUCAGCCCACACCUGUGUGUGAAACGAAAUGAAGACCUUCCCCCCUAUAACUGAGGCAGUGUUGGGGACACCCUCUGCCUACUCCAGAUGGAGACCUCCUCAUCUCCGGACUCCUUCAUACCUCCAAGACAGUGACCUGCCUCUCAUGUUAUUUCUGAGAGGAGAGCUUGCCCUGGUGUCUGAGGAAUUCUGGACCAAAGAGCCAUUUCCUGGCAAGAAAUAAAAGCUGGGUUCCAAUGAGGUGGUCACCAAGUUCAAUGUUCCAGGCUUUGUUUGCAUGGAGUCAAAUGCCUUGCAGCUAUGAGACAUUCUCUUACUCUUUGGACCUGUUGGCUCACCCCAGCUUUCUGCUUCUCUGAAACAUUGUCAAUCUUUUAAUAAAUUCAAGCAUGCUGGCUCCA